AUGGCAGGACUAGUCAACAGUCCCUUGGCGGUCUUUCGUCGCGCAGAAUCUGCGAAGCCACUUCACACUCGAUGGGGAGAUGUGACCAUCUCAGUGCCUACAGAUGGAUCAUGGAAUCAAUACGAGAACCCCCACCGGGCACAAGAGAGACAGCUGUACGGUCCAGGAUUCGUACCUGAUUGCUCUCCGGCAGACCGAAGCCGUGAAGGAUCCGUUAGACAUGGCCCGACGAGGAGAACGGUCAAGAACGGAAGCGUCGAUGAGUACCGCACAGGCAUCAUAGCGGAGAGAACAUCUGAUGAGUCUAACUCGCGGCGUCAGUCGCUCUCUUUGGGUGACCUACGCCCCAAUAGAAAUAGACUCUCUGUGCGCUUGGCGUCGCAUCCAUCGCAACUUCGCGGUGAUUCACUGCAAACGCCAGGCGGUGAAUCAAGGGAGCAGAAGAAGCCAGAGUUUGCCUACAAGCCGAUCCAUCAAGACUAUCCUUCAGAGAUCUCCGAAACUCCAGAUCAUUCCAAGCAUCGUUAUCGGUACAUCCCGACCAGUGGCCGAUACCUUGAGGAUAUCCCCUCCCCUCAUGGCUCAAGAAGUCAAUCGGCAAUGUCUUCUGGCAAGUCCAGUGCUCGACGUGACUCAUGCAUCGACUCUAUUAAGUUGUACGAUCGAGAGCGAGGCCGAGUGUCGGCCAGGCACCAUGGUCAUCAAAGCUACCACUUCAGGGAAGACGAUCGUCACAGCGUAGGAUCAAGUGUCGGCGGUAGCUCGGACAGCUCAGGCUCGGGGCCUCUGCUCACUUCUACCAUGCGACCCAGACGCAGGACCUCGCCUUUUGUUGCGGCCGGUCACAGGAGGUCAACCUCGUUAAGGCCGAUGACCAUGGCAAUGGUUCCCGAUCCCGAGGACAUUUAUGAAUAA